AUGAAGUUCCUAAAGGUUAGCCGUGUUGCAAUCAUCACACGAGGAAGAUACGCGGGAAAAAAGGUCGUGAUAGUCCAACCUCAAGACAACGGAAACAAAUCACACCCAUAUCCUCAUGCUCUGGUCGUCGGUAUUGAGCGGUAUCCCUCACAAGUCACUCGCCGCAUGUCGAAGGCACGCCAGACUAAGCGCAGCAAGGUAAAACCUUUCAUCAAGGUUAUUAACUACAACCAUUUAAUGCCUACUCGCUACACCCUCGAGCUCGAGGGACUUAAAAACUUGAUCAGUGCCGACACGUUCAAGGAGGUGUCGCAACGUGAGGAAGCUAAGAAAACCGCAAAGAAGGCCUUGGAGGAUCGUUACCUGACUGGAAAGAACCGAUGGUUCUUCACCCCUCUACGUACGUUACUUACCAUUCAUGUUACUGACAUGCUCGCUGAGAAAUUACUGACUUAUCGCUCAAGAUUUCUGAAUUACACAUAA